GGUGCCGUAUUUUUCUAGAAACCUUGAGAGAGAGAGAAAGAGAGAUAUGGACGAAGAGGAGCACGAGGUGUACGGAGGAGAAAUCCCAGACGAGGGAGAGAUGGAGGGAGACAUGGACUCUCACCACGCCGACGUCGACAUGUCCGCCGCCGACGACGACGCCGUCAAGGAGCUGGACGAGAUGAAGAAGCGGUUGAAGGAGAUGGAGGAGGAAGCCGCCGCUCUCCGCGAAAUGCAGGCCAAGGUCGAGAAGGAGAUGGGUGCGGUUCAAGACCCUGCUAGCACAGCUGCUUCUCAAGCAAACAGGGAGGAGACAGACGCACGAUCAGUGUUUGUUGGCAAUGUUGAUUAUGCAUGCACACCUGAAGAAGUGCAGCAACACUUCCAAUCAUGUGGGACAGUAAACAGGGUGACUAUUCUGACAGAUAAAUUUGGCCAGCCAAAAGGUUUUGCUUAUGUGGAAUUUGUUGAGACAGAAGCUGUUCAAGAGGCUCUUCUUCUGACUGAAUCUGAAUUACACGGUCGUCAAUUGAAGGUUUUGCCUAAAAGGACCAAUGUUCCUGGGAUGAAGCAGUUUCGGCCGAGGCGUUUCAAUCCUUACAUGGGGUUCCGGUUCAGGAGGCCAUAUGUUCCUCCUUAUUUCUACUCUCCUUAUGGAUAUGGGAAGGUUCCUAGGUUCAGAAGGGCAGCGCGAUUCAUGCCUUACUACUAGGAGCUCCUUUGCAUCUUUCGACUAUUAUGUUUGACAGAUGUAGACUUUUUUUUCUUUUCUUUUCUUUUUAUAUUUUUAAUUUUCGUAUGAUCUCUAGAUAACAUAAAGUGCAGAUGUUUACUGUGCAUUAUUUCUGUUAUUAUUGUGUUAUUUACUGUAUGACAAAGAUGAAAGUUGAAUUUUGUUGGUAGAAUUUUAUGAAGUGUUUCAACGUAAGGGGUGCCAGCGUUGCCUAUA